GUUCCAGCUGUGAUUUAGGAUAUAUUCAAAUAGACACUAAUAUAAUUGUAAAACGAAUCGAUAUUAUACAAGGAAACAUCAUUGCCAUAUUAACUGUACUUUAUGACAGUUGCUUUUGCUGGGACAGUAAUGUUCAUAUUAUUAUUUAUAAUGGACCUUAUUUGUUUUACCACUGAACUCACUGAACGUGAAUGAUGAUAAUAAAAUACAUGGAAUGCACAUAAUGUUUCUGAAAAAUGGCAAGAGUCGCUUAUCCACAGUGAUCUGGAUGAAUGUCCCUUUAAGAGGAAGGAAAUGAAACGUGAAGCCAGCCGGAACUGCUUCCUUGUUACCCCCGACUAUCAAAACAUUCGUGCGCUAUGGGAGAGUCCGCGUCCUCGGAAAUCCAUUUUCUAAUGUGAAAUUCGGCGUUAGUUGUCAGGAAAACUCCGCGAACAUCGUCUCCUCCGCCAUGCUCCAGCUGAACGACACGGUGGACCCGGAGAGCCCGGGUGCUGCGGUUCUCCUCCCCGCAGAAACCGAAGAGGGGGUCGAGGUCGCCUUCACGCCUCCGGAGGCCGCCGGACGGGGCUUCGGACACGCAGCUUCCGUGGCCUGCUGCCCCCCGUUACAAACGCUCACGCCUUUUCAUGUGCACAACCCCACGAUGCAAGCGAAGGUCAAGGACUACUUCGUGUUCAGGCCAGGUACCAUCGAGCAGGCUGUGAACGACAUCCGGACCGUGGCGCUCCCAUCCGAGGACGGGGAGGUGCUCAGCGUCUGGCUGCUGGCAGAAGUAGACCAUUGGAACAACGAGAAGGAGAGACUUGUUCUAAUUACCGAUAAGUCUCUGCUGGUGUGCAAGUACGACUUCAUUAAUCUGCUGUGCCAGCAAGUUGUCAGGAUAUCGCUCAACGCUGUAGACACCAUCUCUGUGGGGGAAUUUGAAUUCCCUCCAAAAUCUCUCAACAAAAGAGAGGGCUACGGGAUUCGCAUUCAGUGGGACAAACGUCCACAGGCUUCGUUUCUCAACCGCUGGAACCCUUGGUCCACAGACAUGCCGUACUCCACCUUCACAGAGCACCCCAUGGCCCGCGCCGAUGAGAAGGUGGCCUCCCUCUGCCAGCUGGACAGCUUCAAAACCCAGCUGAUACAGGCGGUGAAGAAAGCCCACAAGGAGCACCCCAUCCCCGGCCGGGCUAACGGCGUCCUGAUCUUGGAAAGACCCCUGCUGAUCGAGACCUAUCUGGGCAUCAUGUCUUUCAUCAACAACGAAGCGAAGCUGGGCUACUCCAUGACGCGUGGCAAAAUCGGCUUCUGAGUUUCUCAUGGGAUUGUCCCCGUCUGUCUUUGUUAAACUGCACUGUCUGACAGAAGCUGCGGUUCAAUACAGCUUGCCUGUGUGUGUGUGUGUGUGUGUGUCUCAGUCGACAUGUCCACACUUCCUUAAUUUGGUGUUGGAGACAUGUGGUCUGCCUGCAGCAGGUAAAAGACAGUUAGAGCUGUAAUGGCUGCCGUUUAAUUUUAUUCACUGCUUUCCAUUAAAAAUCUGCAGAUCAACCUCACACUCCCUGCUCUGCAGCAGAUGCUUUAUGUGAGAUAACUUGCAAAACCCCUACACUCCUUGUAGAUUUAGUAAGUUCCUGAAGCUUAGGGGUCAUUUCUGAUCUUAAAUGGGUUGAAUUAGGAAUUGGUUUUGUUUGAGUUUUUAUCUGCAGCAACAAACCAUGAAACAAUGUUAGUCAAAACAAUUGUGUUAGACUUGGUACAUUACAUGGUACUGCAUGGCUGCAUUAUUUCAAAAGGCAAUUUACCAAUUAUGUCUCAUGAUGAACACAAUAGAGAGACUAAAACAAAUUGCUUUUCUACAUCAACAACACACACACAGUGAAAGCUACAUGUUUUAUUUUAUUAUGUUUAAUUUUCUUGAGUAAGGAGAAAUAAUUUGUUACUGGUGUUCUAUGCAGGAGUUUGGAUCUUGUUCCUUUACGUUUUGCUUCCAGUAAACAAUGUUUCCUCCUGAAGAACAUUGAGCUACAGAUUAUUAAAACUUGGCCAUUUUUGAUGAAGGCAAGUUGAAAAAUGCCUUGAAGUGGUGCAAUGAAAAAACCUGGGUUCUAUUUUAACAUAAUUUGCCAAAGAUUACCAUGUUUGGUCCUUUUUCACUUCAUUGUAAUUUGACAAAUGUCUAUGCUCAACAUCUGUAGGAACUCUAAAGUGUUACACACCAUUAUCACCUGAGGCACAGCUAUGAAUUUCAGCACACAACGCCAUUAUUUCUACAGGUACCCAGACCUGUAAAUUACCGAAAGUUAAUUCAAAACUUUUUUAAGCCUGCAUGGAGAAAAUUGAGAGAUUUAGCAAAGUAAAUAAAUAAUGUCAACCCCAUGGCAAAGUGAGAGUAGCAGCAUUUCUUCAGAUAUGAUGCAAAGAGAACUUCAGAUAUUAGAACAAAAUGUAUUUUUAAGGAAACCAGGUAUCAGUGAAGCAAACUCAAUUACAUUUGUUGUGGGGCAAUAGAAAACAAUCUCACCAAAGAUAAAUAUGCUCAGUAAAAGACACAUCAUGUCUGGUGCCUAGUGUAGAAUAGAUUUAAAAUUGGUUCAGUUUGUCAGGUCCAGAUUUAACAAUGAUUUGUGCCAGAAACAUCAGUUGCCUACCGAAGCGUCCUGAAUGGCUCGGCUUUCACCUUAACCGAUUCACCAAGCCUUAAAUGGUGAAAAUAUGGUUCAACCAGAAUGAGCCAACAUUUUCAUACCAACAUUGACGAACACAGAAUCUAAACUCUAUCCGCAAUGAGAAUUGUUGAGAUGUGCCUGAGAAGAGUGAGUAGCCAGUUCCUCCUUUAUCCAAAUAACUUAAUUUUUUAAAAAUCUAGGUCAAUGCCUGUCCAACCAAAAAAGUUCAAAACAAGCAAACCUAACCAGUUGUCUCGCAGCACAUUUUUCUGUCCUUGCGCAUGGUCCUUGCACGCCAAGUUUGCAUGACAGAUGUUUUUGUUGUUGUUGCACAAUAUAUCUUAUGUUUAGUUGUAAAUAAGUGUUUAUCUGUAUUUUUUAAAUUAACGUAUGAAUGCUAAUACAAAAUGUCUUAAGUAUGCCAGUUGAAAAGUAUUUUAUUUAAAAAAAGAAAUGUCGUUAAAAUGUUUUGAGGCUUCGACUUGAUCUCUGUUUGCAGCUCAGCAGCCAAGACUGAGAAGAAGUAAUAAAGACGUUCCUGUUUUUCUAAAGA